UAACCAUUGUUCAAUUUUCUGACAACAUGGCGAUGUCUUGGAUAAGUUUUACUUGUUUUUUAUGUGUUCUUUUUGCAAGAUCUGCAUUAUGCCUUUAUUUCCAUAUGGGGGAAACGGAGAAAAAAUGCUUUAUAGAAGAAAUUCCAGAUGAAACCAUGGUUACAGGCAAAUACAAAACUCAGCUUUAUGAUGAAAAUGCCAACGACUUUAUGCCAUCAAGUCCGGGCAUUGGAAUGCAUGUAGAAGUGAAGGAUCCAAAUGAGAAAGUAAUGAUGUCACGUUAUUUUUCUGCCGAGGGUCGUUUUACCUUUACAUCUCAUUCACCAGGAGAGCAUAGUAUUUGUCUUCAUUCUAAUUCAACCAAAUGGUCAUUAUUUGCUGGUGGAAAGCUUCGGGUACAUCUGGACAUACAAGUUGGUGAGCAUACAAAUGAUUAUUCAGAGAUUGCUUCUAAAGAUAAGCUAACUGAACUGCAGUUGAGAAUUAGACAGUUAUUAGAUCAAGUUGAGCAAAUUGGAAAGGAACAAGCUUAUCAAAGAUAUCGUGAAGAACGAUUUCGUACAACCAGUGAAAGUACAAACCAACGUGUCCUUUGGUGGUCAUUGGGCCAAACUCUCAUUUUACUCUUAACUGGUUUUUGGCAGAUGAGACAUCUUAAAGGUUUUUUUGAAGCCAAGAAACUUGUAUAGUUGAUUUUGUUAAAUGGCAAAUCUUCUGGAAUACGAACUAUUGUAACUCUAUCAAAUUUAUCUAUUUGUUGUUGAAAUCAUCUCCAAUGUGGUCGUGUUCAUAAUUUCAUUUUAUCAUUUAUCUUUUUUAAUUGGAUAGCAUAAACACAACACAAUCUAUUCAUCAUUUGUUUAUGUACAAGUACAAUUGGACAAGAUUCUAAAUUGACAACAUAAAAUUAAAAUUCUACUUGGUUAAAUGAACUUUAAAUACAACUUCUCAAUGUCCACUUCCAAA